AUGCACUGUUCACCGCCAGAUGCCGAUCCAAAAGUUGAGUUGUUUUGGCUGAAAGACGGUCACGAAAUCGAGAAGCGGACAGAUUCGAAUAUAAUAAUCGCCAAUGAUGGAUCUUUGAUCAUAUCGGCUGCUCGUUUGACUGAUUCUGGAAAUUACACGUGUGAGGCACGGAAUAUAGCCAACAAGCGUAUCACCGAUCCAGCGCUAAUCACUGUUUACGCUUCGGGAUUAUCAUAUCGUUUUUUUAAGAUGGAAGCUGCUGAAUUGAAGGAUCAGCUGGUAUUGAAUAAUUUUUGCAUUUCGACUCAAUUUGAAAGCAUUUCAGUUGAUGGUCAAUGGGCCGAUUGGUCAAACUGGAGUGGAUCGUGUAGGGUCGAUUGUGCGAUGCUUAAAAUUGAGUUGGAGCGUCGGAAAGGUGAUCGAUCAAAAAUUGAUGAAUUGUGGCCGAGAGUGAUCAGGAGGAGAACGUGUAAUAAUCCUGCGCCAAUCAACGGUGGUGCACCGUGCGUUGGUCAAGAAGAAGAGUUGAAACUUUGUGAAACUGACUGUGUCGUCGAUGGACACUGGACGCAAUGGUCUGCAUGGUCACAGUGCAGUGAAACGUGCUAUAAAUUUCGAACACGUGAAUGUGAUGCUCCAAAGCCGUCGAAUGGCGGUCAACUGUGUUUGGGUCGUGAUUUGGACACACAUAAUUGCACUCGAGGACAGGGCUAUUGUAUGAAUGAAGCAGCAGCUUCGAAUACACCUGCUCUAAUAGGCACUAACUUCGAGGCGCAAUUAGCUGUAUACGCUGGUCUGGGGAGCGUCAUCUUGUUACUGCUAAUAAUAUUCGCGUUGAUGUUAUUGCUGUUGUGCAAGUGGAAACGGUGUUGUGGAACAACGAAACAGAAUGAAAUUUAUUUCGCUGAAAAUAGCGGUGAGAAAAUUCCUGAUUCUAAUUGCUUCAGCCAUGUGCGUACUGUAUUACUGCAACAACAGCAACGAUUGCUUGGUGAAUCCGGCGAAUGUUUCAAAGUGGUGCCGAAUGGAAAUGAGUUUUACACGUUGACAACGAGCGCUUCACCAGCCCAUGCCAUCAUACACCCUUCUUCGUUGACGUUGAGAUCGGCGAAGUCAACCAAAUCCACACACAGUGGAUAUUCAACAACAAAGCGCAUAGCAGGUUCACGUACAGCUUUAAUCACGGAAUGUUCAUCGUCGUCGAAUUCAUCAAAUGAAAAAACACGAACUCGAACCAAUUCGCAUGCAUCAGAUGAUAACUAUGCAACGCUCUAUGAUUGUGUUGGUGAUGCCAGUGAGCGGUACGGCUCUAUUGAGAUCAACAACAUGCCUCAUGCAAUACUGCCAGCUUAUGUGGAUAAAAUUGGAGCGCGACUCGAGCUCAAGAAGAAUGGUGCAUCAUUGACGAUACCUGAAGAGACGUUCUCUACUCAACAGAUGAUUUACUUAGCAGUUUCAGAUGAUCUCAGUGACCGACCAAAACUCUCAAGUGGUGAAACAAUCCUGAGCAGUACAAUAAUGACUGGUUUGUGUGAGGGUGGAGAAGAGAACGUAAUCCAUCGACCUUUUAUCCUAUCAUUCCGACAUUGUGCAAGUGUAUUUCCGAAGGAUAAUUGGAUUCUGAUGUUGUACAUGAAAGCGAAUAAAUCAUCAAUAUGGCAAAUGGUUGUUCGAAUUGGAGAUGAGAACAUCAACACUCCCGUAUAUUGUCAAGUUGAAUUGCAGAAGUGUCAUGUGAUGUGUGAGCAGUUCGGUAAGUUUGUUCUUGUUGGAAGGCCACGAAAAGCGAAUUCGUUGGCUGCGAAACGAGUUCGUUUAGCGGCAUUUGGACCGUUGCAUAGGAUAUCGAAUGAUACGUCAAUUCGAGUGUAUUGUAUACCAGAAACUGAUGUAGCACUUCAAAAUAUCUUAACACAAGAAGAGAAUACCGGCGCUUUAUUGGCCCAGUGCGAGAAUUUCCUAUUGCGAGAACGAGGCGCUUUGUGCGUUUGUCUUGAAGACGUUUCAACUACGGGUAUUGUUACAAAGCGAUCUUCAACGCAAUAUGUGGAAAUACCGGAUGCGCAUCAUCAAUGGUGUUCACAAAAUGGUUUACAUUGUAGUCUGAAUGUGGAUAUACCUGAGGAUUUAAUUGAGACAUUAUCUGGUCGUAUUGUGAUCUAUCAGAAGAAUAAUGCCGAUGCUAGACAAAUUUUGCAUUUCGAUAUGCAACACAGCAUGACGUAUGGUGAAUUAGAUGAUGAAGCGUCAGCAGCCACGAAAUUUUUGCUCGAUUCAAGGACCAGGUGGAAGUUAGCCGAAAUAUUAGAUCUACCAACUGAUCCGGAGAAAGACUGGAGGGGACUGGCGAAAAAACUGAAUCUGAAUAGAUAUAUCCAAUAUUUCGCAACACGUCCAGGCCUAUCGCCAACCUCACUGGUGCUUGACCUGUGGGAGUCUGUUGAAGCUGGCUCAAAGCGAGCCGUUCUGGAUCUUUUGCAAACGGUGCGAGUGAUGGGACGGCCGGAUGCUGUUGCCGUUCUCGAGAAAUAUCUUUCAAAUUUUACUUUUAUCUCAUCCUCGUGA